UCCACACAGAAAGGCCGGGACAACCUGGGUUUGAACCCACGACCUUCUUGCUGUAAUGCAACAGUGCUAACAGUGCUUAAUAAUAACUUAUAUUUAUAUAGCGCCUUUCACGAGACCCAAGGAGCCUUUACACAUAAUUGCAGAGACAGAGCAAUAAAAAGACAUUCAGGGUUGAAUGCCUUUGUGUAGAGGUAGGCUUUUAGGAGUUGUUUGAAGGUGUCCAGAGAGAGAGUUGCAGAGGGUGGGGGCUGCGACGCUGAAGGUUCUGUCCCCAAAGGUCCGCUGUCUGGUGCUGGGGACAGAGAGCAGGCCCUUGUCGGUGGAACGCAGGUUCCAUGAGUGGGAGUAGGGGUGGAGAAGGUCCAGUAGGUACUGGGGGGCAGUGUCAUGGAGAGAUUUAUAGGUGAGGAGUAGGAUUUUGUACCUGGCAGCCGAGUUCUGGACAUAUUGUAGCCUGUACAGGACACCAUACAGGACACCAUUACAGUAGUCCAAACGGGAGGUGAUGAAGACAUGGAUGAGAGACUCUGCCACAGAGUCUGAGAGUGAUGGCCGAAGUCUGGAGAAUUUUUUUGAGGUGGUAGAAAGCAGAUUUGGUAAUGAGUUUGACAUGUGACUGGAAGGAAAGGGUGGAGUCCAAAAUGACUCCAAGGUUGCGGACUUCUUGGGAUGGAGAGAUGGAGCAACCAUCCACUUUGUAGAUCACCUACCCUCAGGAGCAGCGGCUUGAAAGCCACUACCAUUAGCUCCAUUUUGCUGCUGUUCAGCUUGAGUAGAUUGGAUGACAUCCAGGUUUUUAUUUCAUCAGACAGUUAACAAGUGACAGAGGGGGACGCUGAGUGGAUGGUUUGGUGCUGAUAUACAGCUGUGUGUCAUCAGCAUAACAGUGGAAACUGAGACCAUGGUGAUGUAUUAUCUGGCCGAGUGGGAGCAUGUAAAUGGUGAAAAGGAGGGGUCCAAGCACAGGGCUUUGAGGCCCACCUUGUUUGACAGGAGCCAGGGGGGAGCUGGAGGCUCUAAAGGUGAUGAACUGUUCCCUAUUGGAGAGAUAUGACUGAAACCAGGAGAGUGCUGAACCAGUGAGGCCAACACAUUCAGAUAGACGGUUGAGAGGGAUGGCGUGGGACACUUUGUCAAAGGCUGCAGAGAGAUCUAGAAGAAUGAGGAUGCUGAUAUCUCCAGAAUCAGCGGCAAUGAGGAAGUCAUUAGUGAUUUUGAUGAGGGCGGUGUCAGUGCUGUGAUGUGCUCUGAAGCCAGAUUAAAGUCAUCCGUGAGGAACUCGGAGUAGAGCCGCUGAAUUAAGAAUAGUGGUGGCUCGGGCAUCUGGUAAGGAUGCCCCCCCUGGGUGCCUCCCUAGGGAGAUGUUUUACGCAGGUCCAGUUGGGAAGAGGCCUUGGGGAAGACCCAGGACUAGAUGGAGAGAUAUUAGCACACUGGCCUGGGAACAUCUCAGGAUCCCCCAGUCAGAGCUGGUUAAUGCGGGAAAGGGAGGUUUGGGGUCCCCUGCUGGAGCUGCUGCCCUGUGACCCGACCCUGGAUAAGAGGUAGAAUGUUAGGAAUGUGGUUUGUGUUCAUGUUUUUCUGUUUAAGUUCUGUUUCUGUGGUUCUGUGCUUCUCUGUGCUUUGUUCAGUAUUUUGUUCCUUCGCGUGUUUAACUUGACUUAGUAUCUGUCUUGUCUCUUAUCUUAGUUCUUAGUUGUGCGUUCUAGUUCUUUGCCUCAGGUCCUAGUCUAGUGCCUUAGUUUUUAGUCCUGUGCUUUGGUUCAUGUUUAGUGUUAUUCCUGGUGUGUGUACUUCUGUGUUUUAUUAUUUUGGUCUUGUCUAUCUUGUGUUCUGUUUCAUCAUAGUCUCUGUCGGUUUGGUUGUAGUUAGUUUCUCGUUUUCUGUUUUACUUUGGUAACUCUGUCCUUGUGUUUUCCCAUAUGCUUUACCUCCUGUUUUAUUUUGUAGUGUUCAGUUCUCAUGUGUGCUUGUCUAGCUUUGUUUCCUGUUGUUUGAUUGCUCGUGUGUUUCACCUGUGUAUAAUUGCCCUGCCUGCCUCUGUGUGUGCGUGUGGUGGUCCCAUGUAUUUCUAGCCUCAGUUCUCUUCAUUCUUUGUGACAUGCUUUGUCAGUGUUGACUGACGGAUCCAGACCUAUGUGUUCACACUCUGAAGAGACUUUGACCCUCACGAGACACACUGAGAGUCAGACGGUAAGACUCCCCUUCAGACCAAAACCAACACUUCCACUGAAAGAGGACAGCUACAGGAGGGAUACUGGGAAUACGACUACUUCAACCUGCUGCUGAAUCCACAAACCGAACAAGAGUUUGAUCAGACUCAAAGUGAAGAUAACUUUCAGGGCCGUUACUGAAGGAGGGAGUGGCUGACUGUUUCCUGUCUGAGCGUCUGCCUGCUGUGACUUCAGCUUCACUCAGAGACUAAAUGGCUUCCAGAUUAGAGGAAGAUCUCUGCUGUCCUGUCUGCCAGGACAUCUUUAAAGAUCCUGUCAUCCUGUCAUGUAGGCACAGCUUCUGUAAAGGCUGUCUGCAGAGCUUGUGGACAGAGAGAGGAAGUCGGGAGUGUCCAGUUUGUAAGAGGAGACAUUCACAGGAAGGACUGCCUCCUAACUUUGCUUUAAAGAGCCUGUGUGAGAGUUUCCUACAGGAGAGAGAUCAGAGAGCUUCAGAGGCUCUCUGCAGUCUGCACUCUGAGAAACUCAAACUCUUCUGUCUGGAACAUCAGGAGCCAGUUUGUGUCAUCUGCAGAGACUCAGAAAAACACAGCAACCACAGAUUCAGACCCAUCGAUGAAGCUGCACAACAACACAAGAAGGAACUUCAGGAAACUCUGAAAUCCUUAAAGGAGAAGUUAAAGGUUUGUGAACAAGUUAAAGUGAAGUUUGAUCAAACAGCAGAACACAUGAAGGUCCAGGCCCGACACACAGAGAGGCAGAUUAAGGAGCAGUUCAAGAAGCUUCAGCAGUUUCUAGAGGAGGAAGAGGAGGCCAGGAUGGCUACACUGAGGGAGGAAGAGGAGCAGAAGAGUCAGAUGAUGAAGGAGAAGAUGGAGGCUCUGAGCAGAGAGAUAGCAGCUCUUUCAGACACAGUCAGAGCCACAGAGGAGGAGCUGAGAGCUGAAGACGUCUCAUUCCUGCUCAACUACAAGGCUGCAGUGGAAAGAGUCCAGCAGCGCCCCCUGCUGGAUGAUCCACAGCUGCCCUCAGGAGCUCUGAUAGACCAGGCCAAACACCUGGGCAACCUGACCUUCAACAUCUGGAACAAGAUGAAGGACACGGUCUCCUACACUCCUCUCAUUCUGGACCCAAACACUACUGGUCAAGAACUCAUCCUGUCUGAAGAUCUGACCAGUGUGAGACGAGGAGAGAGACAGCAGCUUCCUGACAAUCCAGAGAGGUUUGAUUACUGCUGUGUCCUGGGCUCUGAGGGCUUUAACUCAGGGACUCACAGCUGGGAUGUCGAGGUUGGAGACAGUACAGGCUGGAGACUGGGAGUGUUAUCAGAGUCUGUCCAGAGGAAGGGAGACAUACGGUCUGGAUUAUGGAGAAUAGGGUUCAUUGGAGGUAACUACUUAGCACUGUCACCACCAGCUCCAUCUGUUCUCAGUGUGCAGAAGAAGCUCCAGAGGAUCAGAGUGAAUCUGGACUGGAACAGAGGAAAGCUGUCGUUCUCUGAUCCUGAUACUAACACACACAUACACACCUUCACACACACUUUCACUGACAGGAUGUUUCCAUAUCUCAGCACUUUUGAUAACAACCCACUGAAGAUUUUACCAGCGAAGGUCUGUGUGACUGUAGAACAAUAUAAUGAGGAUGAGGAUGAGAGCAUGUGACUGUGUCCUGGUGAUUUGUUGUUGACCUGUGUAACAACAAAUCAGCAGAAAACAUCUGGGCUAAAAAGAGGUGGUGAUGGAACAGUGGAUAAGACGCAUGCUUCUGGUGUGAGAGACUUGGGUUCGAACCCCACUGUGACCCGUCUACCAUUGUGUCCCUGAGACACUUAACCCCUCCUUGCUCCAGAGGGGUUCGACCUCUGACAUAAAUAGCAGUUAUAGUCACAUUGGCUAAAUGAAUAAAUGUAAGACGAUGAUCUGUGAGGAACAUGUUCACUCUGCUCUACAAGCUGAGCAGCGUCCUGCAGCUUUAGCACAGAUGCUAACUCUGCUCACUGUGACUCCAGUUCAAUAACACGCUGUUUAUUCCAGCUGAUUAAAGGUGUGAAUGUUGGUGUCGAAAUAACAAAGUUACACAAAGUUCUUUACUUCAUUUUGGAUGUUUGGUUGUUCAUUCAGGAUUUAUUCAUCUUUAAAUUAAACAAGUGAACGCUCCUGCUGUGAGUCACAGAUUUAACCGCUGAAUCAGUCAUUUCAUGUUUUUUCCUCUUUUCAUUUGGUAAAAGUCGACCUUUCUGCUGAAUAAUCAACAUAAUUUAUGAACCAUGAUCAAAUCCAGCAGCAGCGCUUAUUAUUAUUUUAGAAAGAAUUCAAGAUAAAUAUACAAAGUUGGUCCACCUGCUAAAUAUUAAUAGACUGUAGAUUUCAUUGUGUUGUUUCUGUUGAUAAAGUUGUCAUAUUUGAUCUAACGAAGAACCAGUGAAUUAAAGAUUUUAAGGAUGUAAAUAGUGAGAGUUUUUCAAACUGCUGUAAAUUUUGCAUGAUUUCGGUACUACUAACUAGCAUAAAAAACAGCAUUUCCCCUCUGCCCUGAAAAAUCCUGCAUCAAACAGGAAGUUGAUCCUAAAAAGCAAGCGUUAAGAGAAAUGACAUGUGCUUCAGUUUUAAUGUGAGGGUUUAAAAUGUGAUGACUAAUAUACUGUGGAUAUAAUGAUAUGCAAACAUGUGUGCUGUAAUAGUGUAUCAAAAUAAAUUCUGCAAUAACGUU